AUGGAUUCCGCCAAGCAGCCUGUUAAGCUCGUCAAGGUGACUCGUGUUCUCGGCCGUACCGGCUCCCGUGGUGGUGUCACCCAGGUCCGUGUCGAGUUCAUGGAUGACACUUCCCGCAGCAUCAUCCGUAACGUCAAGGGCCCAGGUAUGCGAUUUCCACUCUGCGAUUGA